AUGCAUUUAGUCCAUCCUAAUGAAACCCCAGCUGAUUGGAAAGAAAGAAUUUGGUCUCACCCAGUAUAUUUCAGAGAGAAUGAUCUUAUGUCCGAUGAUAGUAAGAAAUGUCUUGGAUAUGAAGCUAGAAAACUGGUACGAUUUCUAGAUGGAGGGUUAUAUGCACCUAGAAUUGGAAUUGGAAUUUGUUAUUCGCGUGAUCGACUGGACAAAGGACUAAGAAUAUUUGAAAUCACCACCACAUUGGAAUGGAGAGACAUUGGACUAUCUGAAAGGCUUAAGCAAAAACCCGAAUCUAACCGCUCAUUUGAUGAAAGAUUUGCAUUACAUCAUUAUAACUUGUGGGAAAUCAAUGCAAGCAAAAGAAUCGAUCGCGCAGGACGUGUUGCAGAAAAAAUUUGGGUUCGAAAAGAAAUGCGUCAAAUUAGAAAUGCACAACUUAUAUUUCCAAUGGAUCCAACAUUAGUCAUAACAUUAGUUAUAGACAACAGUGAGCCAGACAUUAUGGCAAAUUCUUAUGCCA